UUUCUCUCCCAGUGCCUGCAAGGCCUGGCUUUCCUUCAUGCCAACCAGGUGAUCCACAGAGACAUCAAAAGUGACAACAUCCUUCUGGGCCAGGAUGGCUCCGUCAAGCUGGCCGAUUUUGGCCUCUGUGCUCCGCUCAGCCCUGAGCAGAGUAAACGGAGGUCGAUGGUCGGGACCACUUGCUGGAUGGCACCCGAGGUGGUGAGAAGAGAGCCAUACGGCCCCAAAGUGGACAUCUGGUCCCUUGGCAUCGUGGGAAUAGAAAUGGCCAAAGGAGAGGCUCCUUAUAUUCGGGAAACCAGUGAGAGGGUAAGGUGCAAAUACGCUCAGAGAGCGGUGUCCUUCUCCUCUGUGUCCAUUAGACAAAAUCCCAUGCCCACAGCUUAAAGUGCUUCCACCAAGGCCCACUUGUAAAACCGUCCUUGGGGCUGGCAUCAGCUGUCAAGGCAAGACCUGUUGCAGCUUGGAAGAGCUGGGGCUGCACUGGAGCCUUUUUUCCUUUGGGAGGGAAGGCUCAUCUCUAACCAUCUGCUA